UGCUAAAUAUUAUCGUUUGUAUGAUCUGUAUAACCUCAGUUAAUCAUAAAAUCACACAUUCUGCUUUUUGCAUCCUUCCUGUACGUUUUCUACACAUUUCUCUCUAAUCCUUGGAGGUUUAUCCUUCAGUUUGAGAGAAAAUGCUCAAUUUAACACGAUCCAGAACGCGCUUUAUAAAUAUCACCAACAAUGCAAUACGAUCCCUUGCAAGUCAAGCUGAAGAAAGUGUUAAAUUCAAUUCUAAGCAGGAACAACUCCGCAAAAGCACCGUAGAAUUACGUCACAUUUAUCCCGAAUUUUUACCGGAUCCAAAUGUUGCAUUCAGAAACUCUGUCAGGGAAAGUCUUGAAAGAGAAGACAUGUUAGCAAGGAGGACCCUCAUUGACAUCCCAGAGUUUUAUGUGGGAACCAUCAUGGCAGUCACAUCUUCAGAUCCACACACACCAGGAAAACACAACAGAUUUGUGGGAAUCUGUAUUGAAAGGACUGGUUGUGGCCUGAGAGCAAAUUUCACUCUAAGAAAUGUCAUUGAUCAUCAAGGUGUUGAGAUUUUGUUUGAUAUGUAUGAUCCGACCAUUCAAAAGAUAGAAGUUUUGCGUCUCGAAAAACGUUUCGACGACAACUUAUUAUAUCUACGCGAUGCGCUGCCAGAAUACAGUACUUUUGAUACCAACAUGGAAGCGGAAAUUUUACCAGAAGGCACUCCAGUGCCAAUCAAUCCCAUUAAAGUAAAACUAAAGCCCAGACCAUGGUCAGCAAGAUAUGAAAGAAUGAAUAUAAAAGGCAUUGAAAAGAUUGAUCUGCCAGAGAAAUUCUUUAUCAGAGCAAAGCAGCUUGAGAAACCAUAUGAAAAGUACGACUUGAUGAAGGAAUACAUGAGAACAAUUCCAGAGGAAGAACAAACUGAAAUAUUCUCAGAGAUUCAAGGCGAAUUGAGCAAACUGGAAUUGACGCGCAAGAAAAUGAAGAGGAAACGCACUUUUGUUAAACCCACUAAGUUAGCAUAAACACACAAAAAUAAAAUGUAUUAGCAACUUAUGUAUGUUUAACGUUCUUAAUAAAUAAUUAUUACAACCAAA